AUGAGCAUUCGGCAAAGUCUAAUUUAACAAUUCAUGCAUACUUUACAAAGUUAGAGUCCAUAAUAGACUAUAACCUUAUUGGCUCUAAUAGGAAUUGAAAGUGUACUUUAAGAGAAUGACAAUAAAUUAGUCAAAGAACAAAUCACUCUGAUAAGAAGAUAAAUUGAAAAUAUUUAGACUAAAGAAGAAGAACACACUCUAAGAGGUGUAAAAUAAAAGGAAAGAGCACUAACUCCAAAGAUUACAGAAUCUUAAGCACCAACUCCAUUAAGCCACUAAAGAAAUACUGUGUCUAGACAUCAUUUAGAUGAUCAAGCAAUGAGAUUGGCACUAAGUUAAUAAUAUGAGGAAACGUAGUCAUUCAGAUCUCCAAAAUCAGAAAUCUCUAAUAUAAAAACACCCAAACAAUCUAUUCAAUAUUUUAUAGAUAUGAAGAGUUAGAAGCCAAAAAAAGGUCCAGAAAACAAAUUAAAGGAAUUAUAAAAUAAUUUAACAAGAGAAUUGAUAGCUGAUUAUUAAUGUGUGUUGGAAGAAAUUAAGUAAAAUCCAACAAAAUAUACUGAUACUCCAGAGACAAGUCUUUAAGAAUAAUAAAUAAAAGAUUAUAUAAUUAUGCAAUAAUCAAUUCAAUAAUAGUAGCAAAAAUUAGAAAUCGAAAAAUAACAACAAUAAUUAAAAUAAUAAUAAUAAGAGUAUAAUUAAUCUUAAAAGGAUCUUCUAAAUUUGAGAAGGAGAACUGAAACCUAGCCAGAUUAGAAAUUAGAAAAAUCAUGGCAAGUUUAAGAGAAAAAAAAUAAUUAGGGUUUGAUGAAUUAUAAAUCAGAACCAAAUUAAAUAUAAACUUAAAUAGCAACUAAAAAAGUUUAAUCUACACCAUAAUAAAAAGAUAGAAAGUCUCCAAAUAUAUAUGAAUACUAAUAAUAAUAAUAAUAAUAAUAAUACUAAUAAUAAUAGUAACAACAACAACAAUAAUAACAACAAUAAUAACAACAAUAAUAAUAACAAUAAUAACAAUAAUAAUAGCAAUAAUAAUAGUAAUAAUAGUAAUAACAAUAAUAAUAAUAAUAACAAUAAUAAAGUUUGUAAACAGAAAAUACAUUUUCAUUUUUUUAGAGAUAAAAGACAUAAGGAAAUCAAAUUAAAACUCAAUAAUCAAUAAACUACGAUAAGCACAGUGGUGGUUUAAAGUAGAUGGCAGAUAAAUUAAUAAAUUCUCCUAUAAUAUAAUAGGUUUCAUUGAAAUCAGCUGAACAUGUUUCAUCUGCAGGGAAAGAAGUUUAAGUUUCAUAGUUUGAGGAAUAAGGUAUAUAUAAAUUAGAAGUAAAAAUAGAUUCAAUAAGUUCAAAUUCUAGUGCAUUUUCUCUAUUUCAACCAAACGAGGAAUUGAAAUCAUUUUUUAGGAAAGAAUUGAUAAAGGAAGAGAAUGAUGAAAGUAAGUGCGUAUUAUAUAAAAAUAGAUCAUGAUCCAAAUUGCGUGAAGUAUUCUAAUAUAUUUUUGAAAGGGAGAAUGGGAGGAUCAAAAGUGUUUUGAAU